AUGGAGCUCAAAUCUCGCAUGACCCUCAUUGUCCCUGGUCUCUACCUUGGAACUGCUGGGGCCGCACGCGACCCAGAGAUGCUUCGAAAGAAUGGGAUCAACGCAAAUGUCUCUCUGACUCAUCGUUGGAGCCGAUCGUGGGACACAGUUACAAGAGAAGGAGGGGUCUCAAAAGACAGACACGUUUGGUUUGAAUGUGCAGACUCGCCAACACAGGACCUCCUUGUUCAUAUGCGGAAAAUCUGUUACGCUAUCGACCGAAUGGCGCCCGCCACCCUUACCUCAUUGACCUCCUUACCUGUCGAUGACAAACAGAAAACGAAUUAUGCACCGCCUUGUGCUCCAGAGGGGAUCCUAAUCCAUUGCCGUUAUGGAAAAUCACGCUCGGCCACAAUGGUUGUCGCCUAUCUCAUGCGCAAAUUCCGCCUUCCCCGAGACGACAUAAUGAAAUACGUGGAAGUCAAACAACACAUCAAUCCAAACCCGGGUUUUAUGAGACAACUUGAAUUCUGGGAAGAAUGUGGGCACCAAAUGUGGCAGGAUUGGCUUGAAACUAUUCCGAAAGCGCCAUACAAAACUUGGCUGGAGGAGCGGGCUGUCGUCUUGAAAGAACAAGGAUACACCGAGAAUGACCAGCAAGUACGCCCAUAUCUACGUUUCUGA